CAGCGCAGCGCGCCGGGAAGCUAAGUCUCAGCGCGGCCGCGGCACGAGAACCCCGGGAACACCAGGUACCCCUGACCUGGUCGGGAAAGGUUCCAAGAGCUAGGCAACAUGGCUUCCUCACCCCACCAGCAGCUGCUGCAUCACCAUAGCACCGAGGUGAGCUGCGACUCAAGUGGAGACAGCAACAGCGUGAGGGUCAAGAUCAACCCUAAGCAGCUGUCCUCCAACACCCACCCGAAGCACUGCAAGUACAGCAUCUCCUCCAGCUGUAGCAGCUCAGGAGACUCGGGGGGCCUUCCCCGGCGAGUGGGCGGCGGGGGUCGCCUACGCAGACAGAAGAAGCUGCCCCAGCUGUUUGAGAGGGCCUCCAGCCGGUGGUGGGACCCCAAAUUCGACUCCGUGAACCUGGAGGAGGCCUGCCUGGAGCGCUGCUUUCCGCAGACCCAGCGCCGCUUCCGGUACGCACUCUUUUAUGUGGGCUUCGCCUGCCUUCUCUGGAGCAUCUAUUUCGCUGUCCACAUGAGAUCCAAAGUGAUUGUCAUGGUGGUCCCAGCUCUGUGCUUCCUGGUGGUGUGUGUGGGCUUUUUCCUGUUUACUUUCACCAAGCUGUACGCCCGGCAUUAUGCGUGGACCUCGCUGGCUCUCACCCUGCUGGUGUUCGCCCUGACCCUGGCUGCGCAGUUUCAGGUUUGGACACCUCUGUCAGGACGUGUUGACAGCUCCAAUCAUACGCACACGGCCAAGCCAGAGGACACUUGCUUAUCUCAAGUGGGAAGCUUCUCCAUGUGCAUCGAAGUGCUUCUUUUGCUCUACACAGUCAUGCAUUUACCUCUGUACUUGAGCUUGGUUUUGGGGGUGGUCUACUCUGUCCUUUUUGAGACCUUCGGUUACCAUUUCCGAAAUGAAUACUGCUUCCCCUCCCCGGGCCCUGGGGCCCUGCACUGGGAGCUGUUGAGCAGAGCCCUGCUGCACGUGUGCAUUCAUGCCAUCGGGAUCCAUCUGUUCGUCAUGUCUCAGGUGAGGUCCAGGAGCACCUUCCUCAAGGUGGGACAAUCCAUUAUGCACGGCAAAGAUCUGGAAGUGGAGAAAGCCCUGAAAGAGAGGAUGAUUCAUUCUGUGAUGCCGAGAAUCAUAGCUGAUGACUUAAUGAAACAAGGGGACGAGGAGAGCGAGAAUUCUGUCAAGAGGCACGCCACCUCCAGUCCCAAGAACAGGAAGAAGAAGUCCUCCAUACAGAAAGCGCCUAUAGCAUUCCGUCCCUUUAAGAUGCAGCAGAUUGAAGAAGUCAGUAUUUUAUUUGCAGACAUUGUGGGUUUCACCAAGAUGAGUGCUAACAAAUCUGCUCAUGCCUUGGUAGGGCUACUCAAUGAUCUGUUCGGUCGCUUCGACCGCUUGUGUGAGGAGACCAAGUGUGAGAAGAUCAGCACUCUAGGAGACUGUUAUUAUUGUGUGGCCGGGUGUCCGGAGCCCCGGGCCGACCAUGCCUACUGCUGCAUUGAGAUGGGCUUAGGCAUGAUCAAAGCCAUCGAGCAGUUCUGCCAGGAGAAGAAAGAGAUGGUGAACAUGCGUGUUGGGGUUCACACGGGGACUGUCUUAUGCGGCAUCCUGGGCAUGAGGAGGUUUAAAUUUGAUGUGUGGUCCAACGAUGUGAACUUGGCUAAUCUCAUGGAGCAGCUGGGAGUGGCUGGCAAAGUUCACAUAUCAGAGGCCACUGCUAAAUACUUAGACGACAGGUAUGAAAUGGAAGAUGGGAGAGUUAUCGAGCGCCUUGGGCAGAGCGUGGUCGCUGACCAGUUGAAAG